CUGUCCACCACGAGGCCCUCAGCCGACUCAAUCUUCAAUUACAGACAUAACUUCCCUUGGCACGCAUGUGACCGUGAAGCUAAAAGGCACAGCCUUAGCUUCAUGGAUUCAGCCCAACUGCGCAUUCGGCACUGCUGAACUUUUUCGAAGGAGGUGUAGGGGUGUGGCCUGCUGUGUUAGGUAUUACAGUUGGGGCCAUAAGACAGAAACUUCGCUUCUGGUUACGAUGAGAACGCUGCCUCACUCAGCGGCAAAGAGCGCGGAACAAUUACUGGAAAAAGGACUCGCGGGCCGGGUGGUUCCUUGAACAUAUAACAGAGCUUGACUUGACCUUUGCGCCAUGCUAGUCAAUCUAGGGCUGACUGCUGACGCUGCUGCAAUCCAUCGACACGAGUUCUCCGCGCAUCAGAGUGGGAGGUCCACCACCCCAACCAUUUCGCAAGUUUCUAACUCGAUCCUGUCUCUUGGAUUUAUGCCGUCUGGCGUGCGCAACUUGGUACCGGGCAACGGGGCUUCCAGACCAGCGCCUUCAGGCCGAGCGAGCCCCUCGUCUCCGCUGUCAAGCCCUCUGUCCAGCCCCAGGGACUCGGUUGAAGAGGAUCGUGGCCGGACUGGAGACGAUUUAGGUAAUUGUAGUGAAGCAGACCAGAGCGUCCCGACAAGCCCCAGGAGAAAACAUACCAAUCGAUCCAAAACAUCAUUUCGCUUCGCCCACCCCCCACCCUCAGGCCAUAGACGAUUAAGAAUUCGACCCCGACUGCUGCUUCAGCUACAGCAUGUAUCGCAGACUUCCCGUCCUAUUUCAGCGCUAGAUGUGAUCCCUUCUUCACUUUUUGGGACCCGAUCCACGAGAAGAGUGUCCAACCCGCAUCGAGGAAGGGAUCGUAUUGGGCCCAACGACCUCCUGAUCAUCCCCAGCGAUUCCUACGGCCCGUUGGAUAACGAGCAGAGAAACUCGUUCGAUGUUCACGGGGAUCUCGUUGCUGUGUUAGGCCAGUCCCGCAAGGAGGGCUCCAAGUCGAAGGGGCUGGUGGAUAUAUGCAUUGACCAAGGAGGUCUAUGGGAAGCAACGCCGAUUUCGAACAAUGUAUACGAGUUUACCCACACAGGCGAAAACGGGCUCCGCAAGUGCGUGCGCUGGGUACUGCGUGGGAAAGAAAACCGCAACUCCAUGGGCUUGGGCGCUGGAGGUGAACAAGACGGCAAACGCUACAUCUUUAGCAUGAUCGAUCCGACCAGCCGUCGACAUCCAGUGAUAGCAUGGAUGACCAGGAACGGUAUCGACGUGCUCGAUCGAUAUUCACUCACGUCAGGGUCGACUCGCAGUCGAUCAGCGAGUAUCUCGGCGCCUAGUUCCAAUGCCAAGCUCUCUACCCCAGUCUCCGAUCGCAGUGUGACUGAAACAGAAGACUGGCUUCGCACUCUGAUCAUCGUGACCGGUAUAUGGGUUGCACUGCGAGAGGGGUGGUCGAGGUACCCGGCUUCAUCGGAUAUAAGACACACCACACCGCGCUCUCACAGUACGAACACUCAAUCGACCCAAUCGCAGCAGCUACGAAUGUCAGAAUUUGAUGGGAACGUCAGUGAAAUGGGGAUGGCUACGCAGACGGGGUGUCGUCUCAGCUUUCAGUCCGCUAGGGUACGGAUGAGGCAGAAUAGCUUGCAUGUCCACACUGACCCUCCCUUCCCUGCCCAUAGACAAGGGUUGAAGAGCGUUGAUUCAGAAAAGCCCGCGCCACGAAAGUUUUCAAAGGAGCGUCGACGUAAACGACAUCGUAUCCUUUGCAUGGGCAGCGAGACCUCCUCGCCCCCCGAUAGCCCUCAUCCUCCUGGCAUACCUAGAGGGACCCCAGGACGGCCACGGGGCAGGCAUCAAGGCUUGCUAGAUGCGGGACUAACCGAAUAUGACGACCAAGAUGCCGGCCAUCCGUCACACGUUCCCACCUCAGGCCAUUCGCCCCGGAAAUCAGACUCGGCGAAGAGGCGUAGAUGGUGCGGUCUAGCCUUAUGGAUUGAUUCCGUUGGCACGAAGACGAGAAAGAAAGCACGAUAGAAAACCUUCGCACUCUGAAUGUCUGCGUUAUAGCGUCCGUUUUCUCCCCUCUCAAACCUCCCACUCCGAGUUAUUUGGGCAAUUCCUUUUAUGUAGCUCGAAGCUCUUUUUUGACUACACCCGCACCCUAGUGCAUGUAUGUACAUACAUACAUACGUACAUA